AUGACGCCACAGCCAUCACAUUUCAAGACAUUCACCUUAUCAAGCUUGUAUCGUCAUCACCUCAAACCACACAAACUCAUCCUCAUCCUCAAUCUAAAUUUAAAUCAAAUACAACAACUCAAAAUGUGCACCUCAACCUCCACCGGCCUCGUCAACCGCAACGGUCCUGGCUCCGCAGCCUCAUCUACCAUCUCCGAUAUCGUGAAGGGUACCAGUACCACUGGAAAGACAAAGUGUUUGGAGUGUGAUGGAUAUGAAUGCUGUUGCAUUCCUAUUCCUUGUACUGUUAUGUGAGGUGCUGGGAGACGAUUGAGAUUAUGGGAAAUCGAUGAAGGAUGGAGGACAAUGUUUUCCUAAGAUGCUAGGGAUGGAAGGGGAGGAUUUUGGAAUACCAUUUGGUGACGAGAGAUUGUUUACGUGGACUUGGACUUUUACUGGUGUUUGGAAAAUGGGAAGGAGAGCUAUGCGAUUGCUGAUAUUAUGAAUAAUGAAUGGAUACCUUUUUCAACGUUGAGCUGUGCUUCAUAAUAAGUCCCUUGUUAUCUAUGUUAUGAGUAUGUCUUGGUGGUAAUCUUUAGCACAGGAUUGCGACCAAAGUAUACUACGUUUUUUUUACAUGGACUGAUA